CUACUUUUCAUACGCGCUUUAACUCAUCCAUGUCGUAAAAUCAUUACCAAAGCGAAUAUUUUAUAGAAAAAGGAAUAUAUUAGUUAUUGUAUGAGUCCGCGCUUAAGGCGUCAUUUGAUACGACAAUUAUUCAAAAUUUUCUUCCGUACCUAGUUGAUAUGCGCAUAAUUUAGAAAACUGAAUCGCAAAGAGAAACAGUAUUAUUCCUCGCCUGUUUAUUUAUUCUCGUCCUACUAACUUUUCAAUCUCUCGUAAGUGAUUUGUCAGGAAAGUUUUCGCUCUUUUCGUGAAAAACACUCAACUAUGAACAAGCCAAUAGAAAAGACUCCGAAAGUUUUCAUGAAAACUUCAAGCAAGAGUCGAGGAGGUAAAGACGUUGAGUUUCGUUCGAAAAAACAAAAGAAUGAGUUGCAUAUAUUGAAGAUGUCACAAGAAUGGGAUCUGAGGAGACAGCAACGUCGUUUAGAUCGACAAAAAUGGGUCGAAGAGCGACGGAAUCAGAAGUUGCCGAUUUGGCAGCGCGUUGGGAAUCUACGAGUGCAGGCCAACGAGGAAAAGAUUUUGCAUGAAGCUGGCAACCAAAAUGUAAACAACAAGGAGCAUACCGAAAAUUCAAAUGAGAUAAGCAAAGCUGGAGUUGCUAAUAAUCAUAAACUGGAGGAGAAAGUCAGACAAACUCUAUUAGAACCUCAAGCUAAGGAAAAAGGUGACACGCUUCAUGACAAGUCCCCGCCUGGAUCUGAGUUCGUUCAACAGCGACACAGUACAGACCAGAAAAGAGAUUCUACGAGCAAAAUACAGUUUAUUAAAUCUGAACAGGCCAGAACAAUGAAACAGUCGUUCUUAUACAACGUGAAAGCGUUAGAGACAGCAAAUGUCUCCACGGCACAAAUCAAAGAACACGGCACUAGCAUAGCAGUUAAGAACUCGUCGAAGGUAAGACGGUUUUUGAAUUUGUUACAGCGCUCACACAAGGUUUAUUUACACUUUCGUGCGAUGUAGACACAAAGAUCAAUACAGGCUCGUUAAUAUUUGCAUACCAGUUCCUUGUUUCGAAAAGAUGAUAAAGCGGUUUGAAAAAUUAUGCGAAAAAAAACAGGGGUUCUAAAUGUGCGCGUCAUGAAAAGUCGAGGUAAUGAGUUUUUGGGCGACGAGAUGCGCCUGUGGCAUAAUGGCAGCCUUCAAUCUUUCGCGCAAAUUAACAGACUUCUUUUCAACUGAUAAUGAAACUUUUAGGGAAGAUGACACUGCCAUAGAAAUUUAUUAUGUAGUUGAAUUUGGCUAUUGCAAAUAUUUCCGCAAAGUAAUUUCGGAAUACGAAAUAUGAUAUUCGAGCCGUCGAAAAAGCAGAAGGAAAUUGAAACUGAAAAAAAAACCGACUCAUUUAAUUUUUCCCCUUUAAGCUAAUAAAUAACUGAAUUAAAAAGAUAAAGAAAUACAGUGACUGUGAUUCUUUUUCUAAUAAUUCAACUUUCGCUCUCCUUUUUUCACUGGCGGGCCAAAAUAUAUCUGUAAUUGUUUGCUUUAAGUUUGGAUAAAACGAAUAGUUUCUUAUUUGCUGUCCUGUUUACAGGUGCAAAGAACGCUAAAUUCGCUAUCUCAGGCAAGACAUCACGUUAUGUGUAAUGAAAAGCUUGACUUGGCUCGGUUUUCUCGCAAACUUUUGGUCGAAAAUGCUUUGAUCAUGCUGCCUUGAUUGUAAUCAGGUUUGUAAAAUUUUCUUCAGACCAAAGAUAACUAUUGCGAAACAAUACGUUAUCAGAGCAUAUCAAAUAGAGGGCUUGACAACCAUUGUGAAAAAAUAAUUCAUCCAAAAUCAUUUACCAAUGAAGGGAUUUUUGAUUGGCUAUAAAAAUCAAUUGAUUUUUACAAAGCUUUUCAUUCACUUCCUUAAUCUUCCGAAGAUAUCCGAACACUUCCGAAGAUAUCCAAACACUUCCGAAGAUAUAUUGGAUGAAGUCGUGAUCAGAGAUGAUUUUGAUUUUAAACCAAUUUAGAAUACUGAAGAAGUAAGAUUUCGUCCUCCCAAAAAAGAGGAAUCUCUCGUUGACUCGCCAUCUGUCAAAUUUCACAUUUCUUAUUUAGAGCUCCAGAGUAAAAUUUUACUUAAAAAAAAGACAAAGAAACUAUUAACUGUCAACUAACUUUUGGUUGAGUUUAGAUGAAAUUUAAAUUUUAGAAUUUAAAAGUUACCUUUAUUUAUUCUCGGCUGUGUUUAUAACACAAAGGCUAGAAGACCUGAGUAAAUGAAUGAAACAAAUGCUGAGAAAAAAGCAUGACAACUGCAGAAGACAAACAAGUUGCCUUCACAAAAGUUUGGCUCGAGACUCGAACCAGGGACUUCUGGAUUGGAAUUGCAACACGGCCAACUACUUGGCUGGACAGUUUUAAAAUAUUUCAUUCGGAAAUGCUGAAGAAAUGUUAAAGUGGAGGGUGCGAAUCACAAAAAUACUUCAAACUAAAAAGAUUUACAUAAACAGAAAUAGUUUAUGUCAGUGCGCAAUUUACUUUGACAAAUCGAUGUCUUUGUCCGUUUUUUUAUCCGAUUACUAGUAAGUUAACGACUUGAUAAACCUCUCGCGAUAUCUGCGCUCUCGGAGAAAUGCAAUACUUAAACAAUUUAAUUACUAGCUCUGAUUAUUUAUAAAAUUUUGAACGAAUUUUUAUCAUCCAUGAUCCAGUAACAGACAAUGUAUUGUUUUUUAAAGUAUCCUUACCAACAUUAAUUACUUGCGAAUUUAUGCCGAGUCUUGCUGAUUAUCCUCAAUAUUUUUUAUUGCAGUCUCUGACAGCUAACGAGAAUUAUGAAAUGCAGCAUUAUGAGAGUAAAACAGGCCUGGAAAAAGGUAAACAGAUUGGAUAAUUUUCCCAUGCUGUGUAGUGACACCAUUCCUCAUUUACAAUUAUUACAACGAUUACUACGUGAACGCGGUAACAAUAUUCUUGCACACUUCAUUUUUCAUCACUAUGCCAUAGCUGUCAGGGUAGAAAAUGUUCUCGAAAAACGGAUCAAUUCUACUCCGCAAAAACGAUCCUCCUCUUACGAUGUAUGAGCUUUUCAGAUAUGGUAGAGAGAUAUUGUGUUGAAGAAGUCUUGUUUCCAAAUUUACAGAAACCAAACCCGCACACAGUCCUAAAAGAGUUGAUGGUUCUGUAACCAUUCAAAAACUUCCGACAGUAGAAGGAGUGCGGAAAGAGAGGAAACGAAAGAUAGAGUCAGGAAUUAUAGAUGAUGAAACAAGACUAAUGGUGAGUUUGUUGAAUACAAUUUCUCUAGAAAAAAGAUCGCCUUUAAUUUGUGUGAAGAGAUAGUUGAAUUAACGAUAUUUUGUAUUGCAUCAAACUGUAGUAAAUACCGAUGCCCUUUUUGAAAAUUUGAAUACAGAAAUUCGAAAUAUUUAUCACGAGUCAAGUAUUAAACCUAACAGUUGAUGCAAUGUUUUGUUUCUGAUCAGAUAAAUAUGUAACCGAUCGUUAGUUCAAAAAUUACCCAAAAAAUGUAAGGAAUUGGCCAAAUAUUAGGAGAACUACGUCAAUAAAAUGUUUUACUCUUUGGACUGUGGUAAUAUGAGUUUGACUGCUUUCGAAAUUGGCACAUGCAGCUCAACUUUCACAAAUUACCACGGCCUUUAGCAUCUUUAUGAUUGCACUCUCGUAUUAAGGGUGACAACGGCUAUCUAUUUUGAAUCGUAGCCGAAACUUAUGUGCGUCGAUAAACCAACAACUCUGGAGAAUAUUUUUGAAAGAGAAAACAAGGUAAGUCUACAUUAUUUACUGCUAACCAGAAGUAACAUAUAUUAAAGAAAUAAAAAAACGCACUGAGUGCAUUGUUAAAUUAUAUAAGCACUUGGGAAUUUUUAUGAACACGAGAGAAGUGCUUAUAUAACUCAACAAUGCUCGAGGAACAAUUUUUUUUUGUAAUCUUUUAUAAAACAGUGCACUCGUGUGACGUAAGGUGCGUGCUCUGAACAUUAUAUAUAUAUAUAUAUAUAGGAAGUCUGCAAGUCGGUUUUCGCGUGGAACAGUGCUCAAUACGUUGAAGCAGAGCAGAAUAAAUAUUAUGAGAGGAAAAAACGACGCAACUACAUUUCCCGACAAGCCUGUUUCGUGAAUCGCUUCACUCUUCAGGGGUUUAAUAAUCAAUCAUUAAACCCCUGAAGAGUGAAGCGAUUCACGAAACAGGCUUGUCGGGAGAUGUAGUUGCGUCGUUUUUUCCUCUCAUAAUAUUUAUAUAUAUAUAUAUAUAUAUAUAUAUAUAUAUAUAUAUGUAUAUAUAUAUAUAUAUAUAUAUAUAUAUAUAUAUAUGUAUAUUUUAUAUGUAUUGAGAUAGAAAAAAGAAAGAGACUACACUGGAUGAAAGUGAAGUCUCCUUGUUUUUUCCUAGCUCAAUAUAUAUCGCGCUCUACUUCUAUAUAUCGAGCACUAUACUGCGGAAAAAUCGAAAUAUAGACUUCCCAUCUAUAUAUAUAUAUAUAUAUAUAUAUAUACACAUCUUACAAGCCUCGUUUUCUCGGUCUGCAAUGUAACUUGCGCUCGGAUCCAUGGCCCAUGCAGGCGCGAAGUGCACUAACCAUACCUGAACUGAAAUGGAAAACGCCUGGGAUUCCCCCCCCCCCCCAAUUCCGCCCCUUGAUAUCCAGUUACUGUCGUCAUUUCAGCAGAGAUUCGAACGUUGAGGUAUUUUGUGCAAGCACUGUAACUUGAUGGUUAUUGGUAACAUAUUUGCUUAUUUACUUCAGCGAAGAAGUUAAAGUAAAUCGAUUGACUCUUCCUCUCUUAUCUUUGUAGCCUGGCACGACCUCAACAUCCAGCAAUUCUAAUACAAUAUUGCACCACAAUCAAGGAGACCUGGGCACGAGCGUCAAAGGUUAGCUCUCGAUAAACUGGACACGAUAAACUUUCGAGAAGAGACAGUCAAAUUAGCGCCAGAUAAAUUAACGAAAAGAGACAGGAGACCAUUGCACAAUGGUCUCCCGGAAGAGAUCAAGAACUAAUUUAAAAACAGCAUGUGAUAAAGAUGCAUCAUACGGACCAAAAAAACUUCCUAAAAUAAUUGUUAUUUUCUUUUGAAUAGGAGAAAAAAGUGUGCCUCAAAUAACACAAUGCUACUCUUUGGUGGACCGAAGAGAAGACGAAAACGCCUUCUUCGUGAAAACGCCACAGAGCAAGUCCACCCCAGCCGCAGUGUCCAUGACGACACCAGUUGUCACGACGAGCCCUUCUUUCGCUGCCAAGGGACAAACGUCGUCACCAUCUGUUGCUCUGGAUCCCGGAUGUAUUGUGUACCUUUCAAAUUCAACGGCGCAAUCGCACUUGUCUGGCAUCCCUCGGCAUCCUCGGUCGGGUUAUCUAGUCCCAGUGUAUAAGACGAACAAAAGAGAGCCAGCCUAUGCAUUUUUACCGGCAACUUCUCAGCAUUCCCGCCAGGUGAGGGGAAACUUAAGCCCUGAAGGCCACCCGUCAAAGUAUAAAAGCGACGAUUGUGUGUCAGUUGGAAGCACAAGCACGCCGAUGUCGUACCCGUUUCCACACUCCACGCCUUGCAUAAAGGAGACACAUGGUGCGUGUACCGGUGUCGUUAGCAAGGGAAAGGUCGUUCACCCUGCACAAUCACAACCCUCUUUGUACAAAGACAAUGCGUCGUCGAAUGCAAGAGCUAUUUCAGGUUACGAGUCAAGCAGUAGCAGUGCAGCUGUCACGCUUACGAACACAUCGCAAACAGAUCCACCUUACGUAAACGGUGCUCUUCUAGGCGGUGAAGGAAAGCCUCAUUUGCCCGGCCGUACACACACGUACGCGCAACAUCACAAAACAGGUGCUCACGUAGGUCCCUUGCGAAUGAUAAAAGAUGAGAGAACUGACUCUCAGAUGGCUUCAGAUGAUAAAUUUUCCACUGUCCCUUCAGAGAAAGUCCAUUACCCAGCUGUUUGCCGUACACCUGACUCUACGCCAAGUCAAACGCCAAGCACACAAGAUGCCAUCUUCAAUCCCAUGUCCAUAUAUGUUAGGCCCAGAUUGGUACCCAGGGAGGUGGUUUCAGUGAGUCAUGGGUCAGAACUCAGUCCCCCACUAGUGGAGUAUAUAAAAACUGAUGCCAUCUGCGAUAAGGAGUUGACAAAAUGGGACGCAAACAACGUGCGAGAUUUUAUUGCUGCAACAGACUGUAAGGAUAAAGCGGAACUUUUUCUGGAGGAGGUUUGUAUCUGACCAAAGAACUUUGUAGUUUUAAUGUCGUCUGCUCCGUUAAAAGUUUGCUUUUUAACAUGGAAAGUUUCCUCUCAGCUAUUUUUCGGAGAUAUCGAAAGUGAAACUGGUAACAUGCAGGCCAGAGGUCCAUAUAGUGCCUCUGAUUGGUUGCAAUUUAGUAUCAGCCAAUCAGAAUUGAUCACCACUGAUCUUAACGCAGUUCUUCAUAAAGACGAGAAUGAUCCUCGCAGAUAUUCUGCCGGGUCUGCAACUCUCUUUGAAACGAACCUAUCCUGAAUUAGAGAACAACCGCGCACUUUCGUGAUGAGUAUGGUAAAGACGUCUUGAUGAGUAUGGCAAAAACUUCUUGAUAAACUCUCCCCCUGCCUCGCUCAGCAAAAAUAAUAUUUUGAAAAUACAAGUCGAAAGGUGUUCAAUUUUUUUCAUUUUGCACAUGACUACUAGAACUGUCUUCCCCAGGCUUCCCACGAACCUCAUUCUCAAGGCCUUUCCCUUGAAAUUGAAAAAUAGCCUUAGAAUGAACUUGGUUUCCCACAAACGGUUAAGAAAAAAAAAGGGAAAAAGAAAGCUGGGAAUAUUCUACAGCUUGCAUUUUCAUACAGUGACUAAGUUGUAUUUUUUUCUUCCAUUUUGCAGGAGAUCGAUGGUAAAGCUUUACUCUCACUUUCGCCAGAGAUGUUAAUGAAAGGAAUGAGCCUAAAAUUGGGUCCCGCUGUAAAACUUUACAAUCAUAUCGUCAAUCUCAGAACGGCAUUGUCGAUUUAGAGUAUUACAUUUACUUGGUCUUAGCGAAAAUAUAUUUAACUCAUUUGAAAGCCAUUCCCUAAUACAUGCGAGUGAAAGUUAAUCCAAAUCAUUGAUCAGUUGUAGAUAUUCGUACGUGCUAUUUAUUUUGGACAUUUUGUAUUAUGAUUCAUACGUGAUUAUUGAUUGGUAAUUAAAGAAAAAAAGAAGCUUAAAAAUACAAAAACUUUGUGCAAUCGAUUCAAGCUGGGAUAUAUUGGAGACGGAGAC